AUGGCUCGUAUCUUGGACCCCACAGUUCAAAACAACCAGGCCAACUGUGAACCUGGACGCCAAUUGGCAGAGUCUAAUCCGAGGAUCGCAGACGAAGAGGAUUCUGAAGGCGUGGCUGAUGAUAUCAACUCGGACGAGGAUGAUCUGGUUAUCCAGCCUAGAAUUUCUAAAGGCACCAUCGCCAAAUUACCCUCGAAAGAGGAGCAAAUUCCUGAUGUCGUCAAGUCCCAUAUCCGGACUAUACCCCCUGAAAUUCUUCGGGGUAUUUACACAGUGAUGCCAUCAUCUAGGCCAAAACGUGGUCUUGAUCAGUCUUUACCGCCCAUCAGUGAAAUUGAAGAAAUCUUUGACGAUCUUGUGGCCAAAGCCGAGGACAAUGACUUCGAUGGUUUCCUCCAGCAUAUUGGAUGUCGGGAGCUGCGCGUUGCCACAAUGUGUUCUGGUACGGAGGCUCCUCUUCUCGCGCUGGAGAUGAUUGCAGAUAGCUUCAAACGGCUAUACGGCAAAUCCUUUCGCAUGCACCAUUUAUUCAGCGCAGAGAUCGAACCAUUCAAGCAAUCAUAUAUUCAAAGGAAUUUCUCGCCGGACAUUCUCUUUAGGGAUGUCAGUGAACUCGUCAACAAUGAAGCAACAACCGCAUUUGGAUCCGUUCGAACGGUGCCAACGAACCCUGAUCUUCUUGUUGCCGGCUUUUCUUGCGUUGAUUUUUCACAGCUGAAUGCGCAUAAAAAAUCACUCGAGGAGAUGGGAGAAUCCGGCCACACUUUCUUUCCCAUUCUCCAAUACAUAAAGCGAUGUAGGCCGCCACUUGUCAUCCUGGAAAAUGUCUUUGGUGCUCCGUGGGCAAAAAUCGCGGAAAUCUACAAAGAGAUCGACUACAAUGCGUACCAUGCGUCGAUCGACACAAAAAACUUCUACCUUCCACAAACUCGAGAACGCGGGUAUCUACUUUGCAUUGACCAGAAGAAACUUGAAACUGAGGCUCCCGGCAAGAAGGGUGGGAAGGCAUCUUUGCUUGCUCGCAUGAUGAAGCGCUUUGAACGACCCGCAAGCUCUCCGGUGACAGAUUUUUUACUUAAGCAGGACGAUCCUCGCUUGCGUGUUGGUAUCAACGACAUAUCUGUCCAGGCAGCUAAAGACCGCCAGUCGGUCGAUUGGACGAGAUAUAAGGCGCGCCACCUUGGGUACCGGAUGGAAAAUGGGUUAGGCGACAAGAGGCCACUUUCGAGGUGGCAAGACAAUGGCACUUGUCAAAUGCCUGAUUUCUACUGGCAUGGUUGGACAAAAGCCCAAACUGAACGGGUCUGGGAUACGCUAGACGUAAACUUCUUGCGGGCUAUAGUCCGAGGAUCAGAUUUUAUGUCGAAGUGCCGCGUUAUCGACCUUUCACAGGGUUUAGAUCGGGAGCUCGAUCAGCGAGCAUCUGGCAUUUCUGGAUGCCUUACCCCUCGUGGCCAGCACUUCAUCAGCACGCGUGGAGGACCACUUCUGGGCAUAGAGGCGCUAGCUCUCCAAGGAAUUCCCAUAAACAAACUGUUGUUGAGCAGUGAGAGCCAGCGUGACCUCCAUGACCUAGCGGGAAAUGCGAUGAGCUCGCCUGUUGUUGGUGCAGCAAUCCUAAGUGCUCUUAUCCUAGGUCACAAGGCGCUACUUCCUGGUCCGCCUUCCGCCGGUGAAUCCGAAAAGUCGGACAUCAUCUUCCUUCCCUGCUCAGUCAUUAAGGAAUAUUUAAUGCACGAUGUUCCUGCUGAAGGACUGGCGAUCCCAUCGCAGUCAGUGAAGGAGCUUCUUGUUAAAGUGCAACAGAGCUGCAGACUUUGUUACUGCGAGGCACAGAGCGGGACAAAAAGGAGGGAUAUGCUCAUAUGCUCAAAAUGUAAUCAUACCGCGUGCAUCAAGUGCGGACAAAACCCGUCCCACGCCUAUGAGCCUAUUCCGCUCGAACAUUUGUCUGCGCGGAUCACUCCUAUGAACUUUGAGAUGUACCUCAAAAUGGGUCUUCCAAUGCGGUUGCAAUUGAAAGGCCUCAACCGUGGAGCCUUCGAACAGUUUCGAGAAUCCUGGACAUCCAAAGAAGUUAUCGGUGCUUGGGAGGCUUUUCUGGAGGUUGUAGGCCCAGCGCUUGGGGAGGAGCUACGAUUCAGUGGAAUCAGUCGACAUCGCGCGUGGACUGUCACCUGA